UCCUUCCUUCCUCCCCUCCCUUUUCUUCGGAACUAGCGGGCAGGGCCAAUGUCCUGCGUGGCUAUUGUGUUCAUUAGCAUGUUAUUAUUUCGAAAUUAGCUAUUAAUUCUGAUUUUUAGUGAAAAACUAUUAGUGUUUCAUCGGGCAUUUGCCGUCUCAAUCUCACCCACUUAACCAAAGUUUCCCCCUUUUUUGCCCUUUCUCUCAGCGGCUCACACGCUAUCGGCCAACAUGGAUGAAAUAGGGUACACAGGUAAAGAUGGGUCAUCCUGCGAUAGGAAUGUCGAGAUCUGGAAAAUCAAGAAGCUGAUAAAGAGUCUGGAGCUUGCGCGUGGCAACGGAACAAGCAUGAUUUCGCUUAUAAUUCCCCCUAAAGAUCAAAUAUCACGUGUCAGCAAAAUGUUAGCUGAUGAGUUUGGCACGGCCUCCAACAUCAAAUCUCGCGUAAAUCGUCUCUCCGUUUUGGGUGCCAUUACAUCUGUUCAACAACGUCUAAAACUCUAUUCCAAGGUGCCACCAAAUGGUUUAGUCAUCUAUUGUGGAACUAUUGUAACGGAUGAAGGUAAAGAGAAAAAAGUCAACAUAGAUUUUGAGCCAUUCAAACCUAUCAACACAUCCUUGUACUUAUGUGACAAUAAAUUUCACACUGAGGCUCUUUCAGCACUUUUGGCCGAUGAUAAUAAAUUUGGCUUUAUAGUCAUGGAUGGAAACGGUACAUUAUUUGGCACUCUUCAGGGUAAUUCAAGGGAAGUAUUGCACAAAUUUACUGUUGAUCUACCUAAGAAGCACGGUAGAGGUGGUCAAUCAGCUUUACGUUUUGCUCGUUUAAGAAUGGAAAAACGACACAAUUAUGUUAGAAAAGUAGCUGAGACAGCAGUCUCCUUUUAUAUAACAAAUGAUAAACCGAAUGUUUCUGGCUUAGUAUUAGCUGGUAGUGCUGACUUCAAGACAGAACUGAGUCAAUCAGACAUGUUUGAUCCCCGAUUACAAGCAAAAGUUAUAAAAUUGGUAGAUGUCUCAUAUGGUGGAGAAAACGGAUUCAAUCAGGCCAUUGAACUAGCUGCAGAGUCCUUACAAAAUGUUAAGUUCAUUCAAGAGAAAAAACUGAUAGGUAAAUACUUUGAUGAAAUUAGUCAAGAUACUGGUAAAUACUGCUUUGGAAUCGUAGAUACCCUGCGUGCCUUAGAACUUGGGGCUGUCGAGACAUUAGUUUGUUGGGAAAAUCUUGAUAUUCAACGCUAUGUCCUGAAAAGUCACUCCAGCCCUGAAGUUAAAGUUUUGCAUUUAACGCCAGAGCAAGAAAAAGAUAAAUCUUACAUAAGUGAUGAGGCUGGUGUGGAAUUGGAGUUAGUCGAGAGUCUGCCUCUUUUGGAAUGGCUUGCGAACAAUUACAAAAGUUUUGGAACAACCCUAGAAAUAAUCACAGACAGAUCGCAAGAAGGUUCACAAUUUGUAAGAGGUUUCGGUGGUAUUGGUGGUCUGUUAAGGUACAAGGUAGAUUUUCAAAAUUUCCAGUGUGAUGAGUUGGACUUAUUAGAUGAUGACCUAUACGACUAUGACUAAGCGCUCUUUUUAGCUCUUUUUUCAAUCAUUAAACUUUUGUCGUCACGAAACCUUGAUACAGAAGAAUAUCCAAUUAUUUCUCAGUCAAAUUUUGUUUUGGGAGGUAUCUAAUUUUAUCAUUCUGAAGUAACAUUAUGUCUGAUUUACAUUUGCCGGAUUCACCAUUACCGAAUUUCAUGCAGCACUAGUUCCGAAUGUAUUGAUUUGAAAGACUGUAAAACAAUCUGUAAAUUCUAGGUUACCACUUCCUGGAUUAUCUCUUUUAGUUUUUGCAAUGCCGAAUUUUCACCGACUAAAUGGAAAAGCUCUGAUUGUCAGGCAUUUUUCUUAUGUGAAUACCUCUGGCCAUGUGUAAUAGGUAUCAGGUAUUCGAAUUAUCUUUAUUACCAUUAGAACGUAUUACUAACCUGAAUCUAGACUCAGUUGUAAAGAGGUGAAGUACAGAAGAAAAACAUUCGCGAAUCAUUUUUCCACUAAGCUUUCUUUGAGCUGAGAUUUAUGCUUCCUUCUUUAAAACAUUAAAAAUGGUCAAUUGUUUAAUUUCUGUCCCUGAAAGUGAAACUGAUGCUCAAUCCGUUUUUCCAAUAUAAGACUAAAAAUUUGUAAAGACCUUGAUACCGGAAUAAAGAUGCAUUCAAAAGUUCUUGUUAUGAGUAUCAACCUUUCAAUUGUAUAAAAUCUUUUGAAAGUCGGAAAAAAGUGCUGUGAUUAUCGCAAGAUGAUGACUUGAUAUCACCAACACAUCGAAUGACAAAUAUGUUUUGAAGAAAAGACAGAGGAUAUGAGAUUUCAUCAUGACAUGAGAUCAUAGCUGAAGAAAGAUGGAUACCAUCUACUGUCAUAGUUACAGACAUACCAACUGUCCUUGGUUUGCCAAAGCAAGCUUUUACACCCAGCAAAUGGGUUCUCUCCUCCUAAAUCCCAUGUAGAGUGCUCUGUGCGCACCCAAUUGAAUUAGUGAAAUCCCUCUCCAUAGUGAGUGAAGAAAAUAAUAAUGAUGUGAUCAAAUAGCCAGAGGGAAUGCUAAAUAUUCGGUUCUCAAGGGCUCUUUAUAUCAGUAAUUACUACAAAAAUGCUUUCAAUCUGCAGAAACCAUCAGAUAUAAAUAAGCUGUGGUGAAAAUAUACAUCUCACUUUAGCAAGUUGUGGAUUUCUUACUGCUUUAUACUUUGUGAUAGAAAACCAACAAUUAACAGCAAUCAAAGGUAUCAAUAUGAAAGUUUCAAUAAAUUUUAUGUAAAUUUGAAAAUAUAAGAUUUUAAGGUCAGCUAAGAACUCUGCAAUCAAUGUAUGACCUUUUCUUGCUUUAACAUUCAUUCACUGGUAUUGUCUCUUCACCAGCUUAACUUACAAGUGAGUUAGGUUGGAUGGAUUGAACCCAAGGUACUAUGCCAGGUAAUAAGAUACUGUACCAUAACUUGUUUGCUCCAACAAUGAUUGCUCCAAGUUUCCUUAGUAGUAUGCAGUUCUUCCAAACCUGGUGAACCUAGAAAUAAUCUAUGGCUUAGCUACAAUCACGCACAACCAGUUUUGGAACACCACCAAUGAGAUACGCAUUUUUGCAGUUUCAGCGUCGAUCUUCGGUCAUUGAUAUCGUCAAUUCUUGCUAAAUUAAGGAGUAGAAUGACAUUUUAAGCUGCUUCAGACCUCUUUUAAUACCCCUGCUACCCGACCCAACAUCGAAAUUUUAUUCCUCUCUUGCAAGAAAUUGUAUUACUUGUAAUGUCUUUAAUCCAAUAAUUUACAUCCUAUUUUUUGAAGGAUUUGCCUUGAACAUUUGUACUGUUUAGAUUUAUAUUUUUUUGUACUUUUUGUAUAAAUAUUUUUCUACGAAUAAUAGUCUCAAAGUUCUUUAAGAAUGCCUCUUAGAAAACUCGAUCAUAUCUAACUUUUUGAAUUUUUUAUCAUAAAAUAGUAUUCUAAUUUUAUUGAAAUUGUGGCACUGUUUUUGUUUCAAUUACACAGAGCUCUCAGCUUUCGCUCAGAUUCAUCACUCUUUUUUCUAAGUAUCCUUCACUCAUGGUUCAUUUUGCAUAAGGAUCUUGCUGAACUUCAUGUUGUUUUUUGAAUUUGUGUGAAAAAAAUGGUAUCUUCCAAGCAUAAUAGAAAAUUCAAUGACAAGUGGGACUGAUAAAAGGUUGUAAAAUGAAGUUUUUGCAAAGAGAGGCUCUGUAAAUUUUGUAGGGAAAAUGCUAGUUGCUAUUAGUUUAUGUCUGUUUUGCAAGCGUAAAUAGCAUCUGAGAAAAGGACCUUUGUAAUCUUUGAGUAUUCGUUCCAUUGUAGAACUUUUGAAACUUCUUAAUACUUCGGUGGAUGAAAUAGUAAGUUUUCGUUUGUUGGUGUUCCGUCAGUUUUUAAACAAUUUCGAAUCUAUUUGAAUGAAAAUGUAUUACUGAAAUAUUUCUUAUAAUUUUUGUAAAACUGUCAUUAUUUCAAGCCAAAUUUCGUCAAGAAUACAUCAAUCUUGUGCGAUGCGUUCUAAAAUUUUCUGUCCAACUUGAAGAGAGAGCCCUAGAGGUUUUAUUUCUUGUACUUAAGAAAAGAAGAAAUAGUUCUGAGGAACACCAUAGAACCUUACGUUUCCAGGUCGGACGGAAAUUUUUAGAACACAUUACACGCAAAUUGACCUAGCUCAACCAAUUUUGGUUAAGACCAAAGUGUAAUUCAAUCAAGAAAUGUGAGAAGGAUUUCAGUUUUCUUUUCAGCUUAAAAGAUUCAAAAUGGGUCAAAAAACGAAACAUUAUGUAUGGAAACUUACUCUUAAAUCCAUCUACGUACCCAAUGGCUCACACGGGUCUUAAUAUUAGUAUUUUCUUCUCUCUCUCUCUUUGCAAUGGCACAGCUUAUUUAAAUUUUCAGAAGAUCGUGGCUUUUUUCACACAUAUAGUCGCUAAUAUAUUCAUGGUGUGGAACCUGCAUAAUGUGUCAAAUAAUUUGUCAUGAAGUAAUUGAUAUUUUCCUGUAAGUAAAAGAAAUGUGUCUCAAGGUUUGUAUUUUUAUAAUCACUCCAACAUCUCCGUCAUAUUAUAGCUCUGCCAUCAAUUAUCUGCUUCUACACUACUAUGAGUCGAAUGAAAUAAAGUGACUUCCUUAUAGAAA